GAUCUGCAUUUGUCCUAUUCCGGGUGCAAAGCCUCUACUCUUCCCUAUCACGUAUUACGUCCUGCCACCCCCAGAAGAAAACCCACUUCCAGAGGUUUAUGAAAAUGGGUUUUAAAGGGUUUUGAAGUUUUGCGUACUUGGAAUUCCUUUUGCGGUUCAGCUUCUUCAAUUCAUGCCUGUGUCCAAGGUUUCGUUGUUUUCCAUUGGAAAGAAGUCCGCCGAGUCUCUAUUUUUCCCUAGAAGGUAUGUCACACGAAUGGGAUUUCAUUCUUCAAGCUACAUGAGAGCAGCAAAAAUGUCAAAUGAGGGUCGCCGCCUUUUACUGGGACAGGGACAAUUGGAGUCUCCAUUGCGGCGAGUUUAUCUGAUUCCAACUGUUAUUCUAGGUGGAAUUGGUGGUGCAUUUAUCUUUUGGCAUAUGAAUGACGAGAAGAGAGCUAUUCACAAAGGACAGGGUUCAAAUGAUGGAUGCUGUACAAUGAAAGGACCGGUAAUUGGUGGCCCUUUCAAUCUGAUUGAUUCACAUGGUAGAUUAGUUACAGAAGAGGACCUACGAGGAGGCUGGAUACUUCUGUAUUUUGGUUAUACUUCAUCCCCUGAUGUUGGUCCUGCAGAACUCCUGAAAUUGGCCAAGGCUAUCAAUACAUUAGAAUCAAAAUACGGUAUUAAGGUUCGACCUGUAUUCGUUACAAUUGACCCGCAGCGUGAUACCCCAUCUCAACUUCGUGCCUAUCUCAAAGAAUUUGAUGAGAGAAUAAUGGGCCUAACUGGACCAGUUGGGGCCGUAAGACAGAUGGCACAUGAGUACAGAGUGUACUUCAAGAAGGUUGAAGAAGAUGGGGACGAUUAUCUUGUGGAAUCCUCGCACAAUAUGUACCUGAUGAAUCCAUGCAUGGAAAUCGUUAGAACCUUCGGCCUCGAGUAUAAUGCAGAGCAACUAUCAGAACAGAUUCACAAUGAAUCACGGAAAACAGGAGCAUAAUUCGUCUUUUUCUUAUCACGCCGUGUAAUUGGUAAAAGAAACUUCCAUUAUUGUUUUGAUACGAGCAGCAAAUGAACAUUCAAAGAAUGACUUUCUGGACCUUUGCAAUAUGAAUUCCCAAAUAUAGAUUCCAAUCAAUGGUGAUGGUGAAACCAACCAUCCAUAAAGACUAUUCCUUCGGCACUUCUAUUACUUUCAUUUGGAUUAGCAUGGGUUGUACCCGCUUACUCGUAUCACGAUUAAUCUCAUCAAAUCCUGAAGUUCUAUAGCCAGGAAAACCUCCAGUGACCCUAAGGGGACUUGAACUUAUCACCAAUUUCGAACAAACGGAAGUUCUAAUCAGUUGAGGCACUCGCAGCAUGGGACCUGACAAAAGAAAGAGCGAUGCCUACAUUAAAUCAAUUGAAGAGAUUUUUUUUUGAGGAAGUACCGCUUUGUCAGUGGAAAGAAAUUUACCUUUCUGAAGGAUGUCACUGUAAUGUUUUGUUGUAUGUCCCGAUACUUUUCAGAAGUACAUUUAUGACAGAAAUUUAAGCUUGCUGAAUCGGUUUAUUGUGCAUGAUUAUCUUGCUUUUAAUAGAGAAUGAGGUUCGAAUC